AUGAUGCGUUACUGGGGCGAGAUUCCUGGGCCUGCAGGGCCUCCUGCUAGUCGUGGAUCCUUUGAUUUGCUCCAGCGUGAGUUUCGAUCGGUGGAGAUGCAGGAUCCACCUUUACAUCAGCCGUCGGCCCAGCGUCCGCGCCCCACCACUAUGCUGGAUAUCCCGUCGGAGCCUUGCAGUCUCACUAUUCACACGGUCCAGCUUUGUCAGCACGUCCGCCGCCUCCGUGGUCUUCUAGCAGCAGCUCAGGGGCAGGGUCCGACAUCUUCAGAGGUUAGUGUAAAGCUGGAGGAGGUGGACACAAACCUGCCACUGCGCCCUCCGACCCCACCUCCCAUACCCGAUGACUUGCUACCACUUGACUGCAAAGAUCCUCGGCAACCCUUUCAGCUCCGCCACAGCGAUCCUGAAAGUGACUUCUAUAAGGGUAGAGGGGAGCCAGUCACAGAGCUGAGUUGGCCCUCCUGCAGACAACUCCUCUAUCAGUCUGUAGCCACCAUCUUGGCCCAUGCAGGCUUUGAGACAGCCCAGGAGAGCGUGCUAGAAACUUUGACCGACUUGGUGCAUGAGCACUACCUACGUCUUACCCGCCUCCUGCGGGUAGCUGUGGACAGGGAGGCCCGACUGGGGGCCAGUCCCUUUCCUGAUGUGAUAGAGCAGGUGUUCCAUGAAGUGGGCAUUGGUAGUGUGCUCGCCCUGCAGCGGUUUUGGCAAGUGCGCAUCAAGGAUUAUCACAGCUACAUGUUACAGGUCAGUAAUGAUCUGUCAGAAGAAUACGAAAGGUUGGUGAAUCCUGAAAAGGCUCUUGAGGAUUCAAAGCCCCCCAGGAUCAAGGAGGAGCCCAUGAGUGACAUUUCCUUCCCUGUUAGUGAGGAGCCAGAGGCCGACCUAGCGUCUGGGGACCAAGCCUUACCCAUGGGGGUUCUCGGGGCUCAUGGUGAGAGGCUGUCUACAGGCCUGGAUGCCGACCAUUCUCCUCACACAUCAAGUGGUGGCAUUGCCACCAACUCACCUUUGUGGCCACAAGUAAAAAUGGAACCACACGAUAAUGAUGAAGUCCAAGGUGCCGCGCAUCAUUCAAAUCCACAUCACCAUCACCACUUAGGCGGGGAUGUGUUUGAGGAAGGGGGCCCAAUGUCGACCAUAAGCGAGUCGGGAGGCGCCAUGGCACCCUCUCCUGCUGGUGCCGCAUCAGAUGGAAGUUACGCCUCACAUUCGCCAGACUCCCUGAUGAGCACGUCACCAGUCUUCAACCAAAGACCCAGGAAGCGAGCGAAAAAGAUGUGA